GCUACCGCGGACUGCGCUCCAUACCGGUACGCGGUUACCGGCGUCGUACUACGCGAAACUGUACUAUGAAUUAAACAUUCAACUUAUUAAUUAAUUAUGAACUAAACAUCGGCUCACGACCAUAUCGGAACUAUUAUUCGGUGCGUCCCUGUGUUCUUCUGUAUCCGUGCCCGUACAUAGUGUCCAUUGUUUUGUGAACAAUCAAUCCCGUAUUUUAAUUUCUGCUCCGACUGUUUGGUAAUGGUUCCGUGGCGUGGAAAAACGAGUGCGGGGUGAGGCGAGUGGGUGGGCGUUAUGAGCGCACCGGAGCCUUCAGUGCUUCAAGCGCUGCAGGGCUAUACCCAACUAAGUGACAAGUGGCCGGGACCUCGCGCUGUCAAGAUAUACGUUGCAUCCGUUUACAAUGACUUUCGCGAAGAAAGGCGACAAAUCCUGGAGAUGGUGGGGCCGGAGUUACAAUCCACUUAUGAUGAUCGAUACAUUGAGAUCGAAUUCGUGGAUAUGCACUACGGCACCGAUGGGGGAGACGAAACAAAUCCAGCGCUGCACCGGUAUUACCUCAACGAGAUUCGCUGCUGUAACCAAACAUCGAAAGCGGGGUAUUUUCUUUGUUUCCUUGGGGGUGACUCGUCAUCUUACCAGCCUAUGCUACCACUUUCCAUUCCAAGUGACAAGUUUGAACAACUGAUCAAGAAUGAUACAGAGCAAACGAAACUAAUUCGAGGCCACUACAAACUGAGUGAUGAUGGGGCUUAUCAUUUAGAAGGAGAUGAUGCUUGGUUCAGUGACUUACUCGAAAGGGAUGCGGAAAGAAGCAGACUUGGUGAAGUUCAAAAAGUAUUCAACACCUUAACGUUAGAAGCUCUAGACAACGGCGCAGACGUUGCCGAUCUGUUACGGAGUCCAGUCGAGUACCAGUGUGAAUUAGCAUUGGAGUUGCUGAACACCGGUAAUCAUCCGAAGGGAAUGAUUGUUGUCUACAGAGACAUACCAGAAUCAGAGGCUGACGACUCGAGACUAUCUAUUUUAGCGUAUGCUAGGUUAAAAGAAUUAAAAAGGAAGGUAGAAGACGCGUUACCUGAAAGCCAUAUCAUUCAGUUAGAAUCAUUAUCAGCGGAAUCAUCAAGAACAGACGCGCCAUCAGACAACGACGAAAAAUUAAGUCCAUUCAGGCAACAGGUGCAGGCCGUGGUGUGUUCCCUGGUGGACGAUAGCCUCAGUACCGAACCUGAUCAGGGGAAGGGAAGAAAAAAGACUGUACAGGAAGUAUUUUUGGAGCACAUCACUCAUCUUAGGAUAUGUAUAGAACAUAAUCAUUUGUAUAAAAUAACCGUUAAACAAAUUGAAGAUAUCGCUAAGAAUAUUCUGAAUAAUGCUAAGGAUAACUAUGAAAACAGGACUCGGCAUCCGCCAGUUUUAAUAUACGGUCCUGAUGCUUCAGGAAAAACCACUUUACUGACGCAUAUAUAUUUUAAGAGCGAAGAAAUCUUCGGCAAACCGGUACUGAGAGUAAUAAGGUUUUCCGCUGCUACUCCAAGGUCGGCCUACAAUUUAGAACUUCUAAGAGUUAUGUGCCAACAGAUAUCAAUUAUCUUGAACAUUCCAGAGGGCUACUUGCCAAAAGACGCGAGUUUCGAUCCCUUGUAUAUAAAUAAUUGGUUUCAAAGUCUGCUGAGAAGAUGCGAGGAUAUGGAAAAUGAGAUAUUGUUGAUUUUUAUUGAUAAUGUUCAUAGAGUUAAUCCUUUAGAAUGUGAUAUCGUGACAGGGUUAUCUUGGUUACCUAUGUCGCUUCCAAGGAACGUUUUCCUAUUCUGCACUAGUGCGGUGUCGCUCGAGCAAUUACAGUUAACUCCAGCUCAAAAGGAAAAGUUUAAAGUUCAAAACAGUUAUUACCUCCUAGACGCUAUUGAGGAAACCCCGGAAAAUCAUAGCUACGGAGACUAUAUUGAUGGUGCCUUUGAUAACUUAGAAGUCUUCUUCGGUUCUAAAGCGUUUAGUAAAUUAGCAAGUUAUAUAACUUGUUCGGAAUUCGGCCUCACUGAACUAGAGCUGUUGGAACUUUUGAUGCCCACCAGUAACAGCGAAGCUGUUAUAACGCUCAAGGAUGCCAACUUCAACUUUUCUACUUUAUGUGUCGCCAAAUAUAUGAUGAAGGGCCUGGUGAGCUGGGCGGUGGUGUCGGGGCGCGGCGCGUGGCGCUGGCGCGCGGGCGCGGCGGGCGCGCGCGCGCGGCGCCGCUACGUGCGCGUGCAGAGCGCGCUGCGCGACGCGCACUCCGACCUCGCCGCGCUGCACUUCGCCAGCUUCCUGCACGACGGCGACGACACCGACAACAGCGAGGCGCAGGAGCCCGGAUGCGUGGAUGAUGACGACGCGCUAUUGGACUCCACUCCUUUCCACUCAGCAAGCAGGACAGCUGCAGCAUUCACACAGCGCCACGUUGAGGAGUCUUGGCUACAUCUUCUCCUCGCUGGGGACUUCUCAAAGCUUAAAGACCUAACAGUGUGCAACUUUGAUUUCCUUCUUGCUGCUGUUCAAACAGUCACGAUAUCGUAUCUGCGAUGCAUUUUGGAGCAUGUGCGGUGUUACAUCCUGGACCGUGACGUGGAGUUGGUAUACGGCGCAGUGAGGAAAGCGAGCGAUAUACUCACCAGGGAUCCCAUGCAGCUUGGUGCUCAGAUCAUAGCUUGGCUGAGGCCUGCAGUGGCGCGGCGUGGCGUGCUCGCCACUUUGGUCACAUCUGCUAUGGCCUGGUGCGAUGGUUACGACAAACCGCUGCUUGUACCUUUAAAUGGAUGGCUUCAACCACCGAUAGCAUCAACAGUCCGCGUGGUGUCCGUGGGUGGCUCAACCCCAGGAGCGGGCGCCAAGCUACUGCAACUUGCUCCUUCUGGUCAGCACCUAGUGCUAGCACCGUCUGCUGGUGAUCCACAACUAUGGCACGUUAUGUCUAACUCGAGGGUGCAUACUUUUAAAGGCCAUUCCGGGAGGAUACUGUGCAUGUGCGUGACCAGGGAGUCACAGUAUCUCCUUACUGGUUCCGAAGAUACCACUGUUAUCGUAUGGGAUCUUCACACUUUGGCAGUUAAAACGAAAAUACUGGAACAUAUUGCGCCAGUAUUGUGCGUGGCUGCAAUAGUCAAAAGAUCAUUAGUCAUCAGCGGUGGAGAAGAUUCCGCUGUUAUUGUAACAUCUUUAGUGGACGGUGUUUUGGUGACAAAAUUAGAUCAUCACCGUGGGCCGGUAACAGCUGUAAAAGUGAUACAAGAUGGCGAAAUACUAGUAACAGGAUCACAAGACGGUACGGUUUGCACAUGGAACGUGGAAAAUUUCACGUUACUCAGUACCGUGACAGCGGGCGUUCCGAUACACGCAAUGGAAGUAACAGACGAUAACGUGUUUCUCGUCACGCUGCAAGGCGAGAACGAGUUGCAUUUGAGAACGUUUAUAACCGGCACAUAUUUGCACGUUUUGAAGAGACAUAAAGCUAAGGUGAAAUGUUUCUGCGUGGCUCACGACUCAUCCCGGGCGGCGGUUGGCUGCGCUGACCAGCGAAUCUACGUGUACGGUUUGCAUGAUGGACAGCUACUACGCACUUUGGCGGCUGCUCACGAUCUCGCCGCGUUAGCUGUUGCUGAUAGAGACCACUUCCUAUUAGCUGCUGGUGGCAAUCGGGUAACGAUUUAUUCAUUCCACACUGAAGACAACUUAACAAACUUCAGGCCGACGAAACAAAUAAAAAGGCGGCAAACGAAAUCUACAACGAAUAUUACACUAUUACAGGCAGAACAAAGCGAAUUAAUACCAAUAAGUUGUUUGGAAGUAUCUCGCGAUGGCCAGCUAGCUGCUAGUGGGUGUGCCCGAGGAUUAGUCCGAGUGUGGCAGCUCUCAACCCAUAGACUACAGACUACACUCAAUGGCCACUUAGGACACAUAACAUGUGUUACCUUCUCACCAAAUAACCUACUAGUACUGAGUGGUUCAGAGGACAGGAAGGUGGUGGUAUGGCAACUCGCUGAUAACUCGCCCUCGUUAACUUACAAGGGCCACUCAGCCGCCCUACAGUCCCUCUUAAUGAUGUCGGACGGUCGACGCGCCAUGUCCGGCGAUCGCGCCCGUAACGUGCACGUAUGGCUCGUGGACUCUGGCAUAGUACUGCAUUCCACUACCGGACCUAGCGCCAGUUUAGACAUUACGCUGAAUAUGAAGUACUCCGUGCUAUCAGAUGGUGACAACUCAGUCCGUAUUUGGACUCUGACAGGCGACAGUGGAGAAGAAAAACGCUCCGUCUCCCACGCGGAGAGGAUCACCUGCUUCGCCCUCACAGCUGACUCACAACACGUUGUCACCGGAUCUAUGGACAUGUCACUCAAGGUCUGGAAACUGGACGGUGGCAAGCUAUCACAGGUUCUCGUCGGACAUUCUGAUAUAGUAACGUGCGUAGCAGUCUCCAUCACGAAUAAAACUCAAGUGGUGUCAGGUUCAUGGGACUGCAAUCUCAUAGUUUGGGACAUCAACACAGGAUCCGAUCUCCAUCUGCUCUCCGGUCAUUUGGGCAAAGUCACGUGCGUUAAAGUGACCGGAGACGGUACUAUAGCUGUAUCCGGUGCGGAAGAUAAAACGCUUAUUAUAUGGGAGACGAAACGAGGGCUGGCAUUGACAUCCCUAGCAUUACACGUACCCAUACUGGGUUUCCAGAUCACAAGUGAUUGCGCCCGUAUUGUCGUACAUCUUUUGGAUAGAGGAUGCCUACCAAUUAUUUGUCUACACAAUACUCCAGCUACGUACGUCAAAAUUCCAACUUACGCUGCACCUACUAAAGAUGCAGACGAAUUACGACCAUUGGCUCCAAAGAGACCGAUGAGGAGGCUCCUCAAGAAGGAAGUGUCGUUGGAUACAUACACGUGGCAGAAGAAAUAUGGUCACCUAACGUCUGCCGCUAUGAUGGCGCAAGUCGACGAACGUUUGAAGAGAAGAUUCUCAGUGUCCGCUUCUAUGGAAGAAAUCUCAAAGAUACAGGAAGCAAAAAAUAAAGAUCUCGGCUCACAGGUGAGCUUGGGCCCAGAAGAGGCGGCAAUAGCUCAGUCACAACACUUCGACCAGUUAGAAGCGUUGUGGAAUAAGAUAUCACCACCAAGGCGACGUUCCAACAAGUCAUUAUCAAAGCAAAGCUCGUUGAUUGAAAGUAAAUUCGAUUCUUCAGACGAAGAACAUACACCAGUAGAAGAACAAGAACACAUGGUAGAGUGAAGAAUCGAGUAAUAUUAAAAUUAAAUAAAUUAAUUUUAUUAUAAGUGAUUAAUUCAUUCAUGAUGUUGUAAGAAUAAUAUUUUGUAGCGUCAACCUUAUUGGUACGAUUACGCGGCAAAAUACGUUUAUUUUUGUGCCUGCGGUGUAUAAAAUUUAAUGAGGUUUCAUUAGUUUAAUUCUAUAAAUUAUUUUAAUGAGCGGGUCUCAAAUUAUCGUAUUAGGUUUCGAUAUCGUUUAAUCACAAAUUACGGUUGUUAUUUUUAUCAUUUUAUUGAUAAUUUGUAUGUAUGUAUAUUAUGUUGUAUAUUGUUGUAUACUGUUAUUAAAAUAAUAAAUAUACAAAUAAAAACAUAUUAAAAUCUCAUUUUCUAAUAGAUCACUUUAAUAAAUGUUUAUUAUAAUUCUUUCAACUAAUUGUAGUAUAUAAACUAUUAUUAAAAUUAUUUCCAAUCUUAAAUUAUUGUUAAGUUAGUAUAUUAAAUUUUAUUUCUUUAAUAAAUAGUUCUAAUUAAUUUAACUACUUCUGAUAUUUAGAACAUAUUCAAUAAAUUGUCUAGGUAGUCAGUUCCCAUUAGUAUUGUGUCAUUAUGUAGGUAUUUUAUUUACAGAGUCAUACUUUGAGAGUAUUUUAUUUUAGUUAUCUAUGUAGCAUAUUCAUACAGUUCGUAGAUCUAUUCAAUGGCCACUAUAAACAUAAUCUUAGAUGUCGAAUUGCUUUGUAAUAAGUGAAUCUAUAAUAUUGUAAAUAUACUUAAAAAGUAUUCUUAAAUCUCCAGCCUAUACGCAAUGUGAUCUUCUAGAUGUAGCUUUUAAUUUCAGGGUACCAGUUUCUAUGGAAUUACAAUAAUAACACUAAAAGUACUAGUAAUUGAAUCAAAAUAAAUAUUUUGAGAGGUCUAUUUAUGAAUAUAAAUAAAUAAUAGUGUAAUUCCGAGCUCUCUUGUACAUUUAUCUAACAAUAUAUUAGAAAUAUAUGAGCUAUAUAUUCCAAUCAAAAAUGCAAUUAUAAAAAAUUUAUGGCGUAUAAUUAGAUCAAAAUGUACAAUAAACAAAAUGCUUGUUAUAUAAAUAUCAGUAACCGCGUAUUCACUAGGAAAACAUGUUAAAAGUUUAAAACUUGUCGAUACGCAAUCCCGGAUUAAAAAAAAGACAACAAAUGAAUACAAAAUUAACUAUAGAUUUUGUAUAUUUCCUUUACAAAACAAUAGAUUUUAAUAUAUCGCGAGAAAUCAUAAGACAAAGUUUUUAAAACAGACUUUGGUAAUGUUAAUAGAAUAAUACUUAGCAACAGAUAGAUUUAAAUGUAAUUUCACCGUAAAAUAAUAAUUAUAUUUACAAUAUAACAUAUUAAAGGGCCAGCAGGCAUUUUUAGUAAAGCUACUCUCUUUUCAUAUUAUACUUUAUAAAAUAAUUAAACACAGUUAUCUGUAACCUACUGACAAAAUACUUUGACUAUAAUAGACACAAUCUAACUAGAAUUGAGUACGUUAUCGUCACUAUUAAAAAAAAUCGUAUCACUAGAUUUGUGACAAUUUUAAACGCAUUUUUUGUAAUGAAUUACAAGCCUGAAAUCCUAGUAAUUACGCGAUUUCAAAAUAAAAUAUUGAUAUUAGCAAAAACAUAGUGUAAAAUUAAACAAUACUCGGAAACUGGUCCCUGCUUAUGUUAGUCUACUGUAAUAUUGUUCACUCUUAUUUAAGAUAGAAAUAUUCUAAAUAUUUUUAAGUAGAGUUACAUUUAGAGAAAAUAAUGUACAUCUACACUGUAUAAUAAAUUAUACAAAUAUAUACACAGCACAUAGUCAUACCCCACUGCUCGGUAAAGGAUUCUCCUUUAGUCUAUAAAACUUAAAUUAGAAAAAAAAUCUACUAUUACCACAAAUAAUGCAUAAUUAGAGGCAUGUAACAGAAUGGGUUAUGAAUAAUAUUCUAAUUCUCAAAAACAUAAAUUAAAUACGAAAUUGAUCUAUUUAUGAACUCAAAUAUAACAAAUGUUAUCCCCGUAUCCUCUAUAGGUAACCUACAGGGUGUAACAAGUUUAUUAAAAGAAGCUGAUUGCAGACACUUCUAUAUAUACUAUAGUCAGAUUUCAGUCGUUGAAUGAAUGAGUGGAUCGCUCGAGUAAAUAAAGGUUUUGAAGUAUCGAGCUGGCUUUUUUAUCCACCUCUUGUAAAAGUAGAAACCAAAUAUCUAGUUGCUAGUCAAUCGGCCGAUUCCACUUACCAAACUAUAGUAAAUAGUGUUAAUAUACGAGUAAUAAACAGUAAUAUUAAUAGUAUUAUAGAUAUAUUUCGAGUAGAUACGUGCAAUAAUUUAGCACGAAUAUGGUUUAUUGCCAAAUUACCUGAGGUAUACCGACCCCCACCGCCUCUAAAAAUAUUUAAGAACCUAGUUGAACACAAAAUUUUAAUUUUCAAAUUUAUUCUGUUAAUAUUAUAGAGAACGUGGUAGGAGUAUAAGGUAACGGUAGAUUUUUUCACAUUAUCUUAUUCUAGUCAACAAUGUAAUAUUUUAUUUCGCUACAAAAAUGAUUUUUAUAAUUAUAAUUAUUGUUAUAUAAUUACUUAUCUUUUUACUACGAUAAAUAAAAUAUAGUAAUUAAUUAUAACAAUUUAGAGGUUUAAUAUUACACAUAUUUCUUAAAGAAAUUAGGCGUAGGUACGAGUAUAUUGUCCCCUAUGUAUCGAACUAGUAUUUUCCAAACUGUGAUCCCUUAUAAAGACUUCUAUAUAAGUACAUGCAUUAUUCAAAAUAAUCCUUACGAUUAACUAGAAGUAUAUUAUUAAUAUCAUAAUUGUCUAAUUCUAAUAAUAUUUUAUAAUUGUCUGGUUGAAGUAAUUAAUUACUUUACGUGUUUCAUUUGAAUGUCGUAAAUUCAUGUAAGUAACACUAAGCUUGUGUGAUAAGUGACAAUGUUCAACUUGCUUAAAAAAGUAGAGCAGCUAUAUUUAACUUGUUUCAUUGUGAGAUUUGAUUGUUAUUAAAAACAAACCACUUGUACUAAAAUAGGUGAGUUAUUAUCAUUUUAUUCAUGAAUGGGUUAAAAACACUUUGAGUACAUUUUUUGUAAACAGUAAAUUUUAUAUUACAAUAUUAGACAAGGCUUACAAAUAGAAUUGUAAUAUUAAGAUACACCAAUUAUUGUAUUUAAUAUUUUUAUUAUCUCAUUUUACUCUUGUUUUUAGAUAUUGUUUAAGUAAACAUUAAUUUGCAAAAAGUACAAAGUGUAAACAUUUUGAAUUUAGUCUUGUUAAGUUAACGCUACAAUAUCGUCUUAAUUAAAAUAUUAUCAAAAAGCAACUGCUAGUAGGAAUAUACGUUAUAAAACUUAACGCGUAGAGUUUUGAACUUAAUGUUGGUAUUAGACGUUGACUAGAACAUGCAAUAAUAUUUCAUAAGUAGUUGCACUUACUUGUAGCUAAGUAUUUAUAGUUUAAAAUUGAAUUCUCUUGCUGGAAACGAAUUACAAACACAUUUAGAUACACGAUCGAUGUAAUCACGCUUCUAAACUUUCUCAAAUACCUAUUUACACUUAAAAAAUAAAUAUAAAAGAGAAUUCAAUGUUUGCAUUUGAAGAUAGAACUCUUGAAAUUAAAAACAAAGUACCAUAAAAUGCAAUGUAUUUAAUGGUUGUCAAAUCAAAUAUUUCAUUACAUUUUUUAAAUGAGAAUUGAGAUUAAUAUAAAUUCAUACUAUUUACACAGACAUAUUCAAAAGUUUUGUCUUCAAAUUGGGUAUGCAAUAAGUUAUUAUAAUCGUUAGACACUGUCACCUUGUUAACUAUUUGUAUAGAAUUUUAUAUAUUUAUCGUUUCUUAAACCUCACUUACGUGAGUUUUAUUUUUGACCUAUCGUGGUAUAUCUGGAAAUAUAUUCUCUGUGUU